AUGACGCGCCCGCAAAUUCGACGAGUUGCAGUCAUUGGAGCUGGGAUUAGUGGUGUUGUGUCAGCUGCACACUUAAUCCAGGCUGGAUUGGAUGUGACUGUUUAUGAAAGGUCUCAUGCGGCUGGCGGCGUUUGGUUGUAUGAUGAGCGCGUGGCACCGGAGCCAUCGUAUACUUCCUUGAAACCGCUCGAGUCGGAAAGGUAUUUUGAUAAGAAUGAGCACAAUAUCGCCCUCACCCAUGCGCCGCCCGGGCCAUGCUAUGACGGACUCAAGAACAAUGUGCCGACACCCUUGAUGCGCGUCAAGCUUAAUGCUUGGCCAGAGGGGACACCCGACUUCGUCAGUCAUUCCGUGAUGAAGGAAUAUAUACAAGAUACCUCGCGGAAGACUGGUGUCGAUGAUAUUACCAUCUACGGCGCACGCGUUAAGAACCUCAUCAAGCAGGGCGAUUCAUGGCAGGUUACCUGGUCUAGGUUGGAGCAAUAUGAUGACGAACUCAAAGAACAAGAGCGCAAAACUACAUUCGACGCAGUAGUAGUCGCGUCUGGGCAUUAUCAUACCCCUCGAAUUCCAGAAACGCCUGGUCUUGCGGAAGCAAAAGCGCGCUGGCCAGAUCGCAUAUAUCACUCCAAAAGAUACCGAAAGCCAGAGGGCUACGAGAAGAAGAAUGUUCUUCUCAUCGGCGGCGCAGUCUCGGCCAUAGACAUCGCCCGUGAAAUUGGCCCGCAAGCGGAUACUAUCUAUCAGAGCACGCGGAAUGGAGAAUUUGAUAUUUCAGCCAGCAUUCUCCCGGAAAAUGGCGUCCGAGUCAGUGAAGUAACGCGGUACGAAAUUCUCGAUGAAAGUCAAGUCGUCGACGGCAAGCUUCCGUUGAAAGUACAUUUGAAAUCCGGCCAGGGGCUCUGCGGACUGGACCAGGUGAUCAUCUGCACGGGAUACCAGUUCACCCUCCCUUUCCUGGCCGAUUACCAUAACGACAGACUCUCGCCAGCAGAGGCUGACGAGACAAUUCUCGUGACGGAUGGGACUCAGGCGCACAACCUACAUAAGGACAUAUUCUACAUUCCCGACCCUACCCUUGCGUUCGUCGGCGUGCCGUUUUACACAGCCACCUUUACGCUCUUCGAGUUCCAAGCGAUAACCGCAGCAAAUGUCUUCUCAGGUAUUGCUGACCUACCCUCAAAGCAAGAGAUGAGAGCAGAAUACAAUGAGAAACUGAAAAGGAAAGGGCAUGGGAAGCGAUUCCAUUCGCUGAAAGACGUGGAGGAUGACUACGUCAACAAUCUCCUAGAAUGGAUAAACACGCCGAGAGUGAGAAUAGGUCUGACACCUAUCGAGGGACACACGGAAAGAUGGCACGAGGCGAAGGAAGCGCAGCGCGAGCGGUUGAAGGCGUUUUUCGAGACUCCAACUGCAACUAAUGAUCGGAGGGACAGUGGAAUCGAAGGACUUCCGGUGCUACCGGCGUGCAGUGCAUGA